AUGUGGAAAAGAAUGUGUAGUUGCGUAGUCAUUGAUCUGAACUUGAGGAUCUAUAGUUCGUUUCGCGGGACUAUAGUUCUGGAGUUGCGUUUCGCGGCAGUUCCGAGAUGGUUUAAGAUACUUUGUCACCCAGAGAUGGCUAUAACUUUGUUGUUUCAACAUGGUGUUCUCUGCUAUUUAAUCCACUGGCUAUAUGUAUACAAUCUGAAUUCCAAACCUGUCAAGUUUAUCUGGAGUAAAACUCCCAGUUCAAGGAUUAUUGAAAUCAACAAAGUACACCUUAGAAGUAUUUUUAUGACUUUGAUCAAAUGCUAA